UACUCUGUAAGGCGUUGCGCAAGUGAAAAUGCUCGUUAAUGAAAAAAAGCAACUCUGUAAGGCGACAAGCGAAUUCGAAAUUGCGUUUUGCGCAUUUAUUUUUACCCCUUCGCAAUGGCAGCACUCUGUAUUGCGUAAACGACUGUCAAAUCUGUGCGUUUAACGAGUUUUUGAUUCGAUAUCAAAAUAGCAAACGCAACGGACAAAAAAUGGAAAAUUCUAAAAAUAAACAAACAAACCCAACACAAUUCGAAAUUUUAAUAAAUUACAUGAAAACACAUUCGGAACUUUCCAAAGGACAGCUGAAAACUGUGGACGCGAAAAAUGCUGCAAAUAAUUUAUGGAAAGAGUUGGUAUGUGACCUUAAUGCUGCAGGGCCACCAUCACGCGAUGUCUUAAAAUGGAAAAAGGUUUGGUCGGAUUAUAAAACCCAUUUGAAAGCAAAAAUGCGGCGGAACAAACUAAGCAUCUCUGGAACUGGUGGUGGUCCUUCAAGUCAUUGCUCCUUAACACCGUUGGAGGAGCAGGUUAGUGAGCUUCUGGCAAUGGAAAUAUCCGUCAGUGGAAUAAGUGGCACUUUAGAAUUUGGUGCAGCACAGUUAACGCAACCAAGUGAGUCAGACAUCACAACCGACGAAUUCCGACAGAAUGAACCAAUGCCAGUGGAUGAAAUGCCACAUUGUUCACGUCGAAGAGUCGCUCCGCAAAAGAAAGAUAGCCUUUUAAAUAAGCAGGUGGAUAACCAAAUCUCAUAUCACAAAGGUUCAUUAAAAGUGUUGUCUGAAAUUAAUGAAAACCUAAAGUGA